UUCACAAAAUAGUAGAGCCACCUUGCAAUAAGGUGCGAAACAUAAUGGUGAAGGAUGGUUCGUCGUCAAUUGAGAAUUCUGCUGAGCAAAAAAACGGCGAGUCGGAAACGAAUACACUUCAAAGUAGCAGCAACACUGACAGCGAGCUGAUUAAAAGUGCAAACGACGGCAGCUAUACACAGGGAGAGGAAUCAUCUACCAUGCAGCUUACAGAGGAUAACGGCAAGGUAACCCAGACAAUUGGGAAUACCAAUGAAAGAUUGGAGGAUCAGAAUGAAUCCGAAUCUCAAAAGCAUGAAGAAGUUAUAUCAGUAACAUCAGUUGAUGAAGAUAUCCGAUAUUCCUCCAAUAUACCGUAUCAACUGAUCGACAUAUUGAACACAACUCCUUUUAAAUUCUCAGACUCUCCGGAAUCAAGAAUCACAUGCAUAGAAGCCUGGGAAUUGAACUUAUAUGUGGGAACAAAUCUGGGGGAGAUAAUACACUUAUACAAAAUUGACGAUGCAUUAGGAUACAUGCAAAUUUCGAAGCAAACUUUUUCAUCCUCGUCAACAUCGAAGCCUAUCAAUAAAAUACUUUUAUUACCAGAAGUAUCAAUUGCACUUAUACAUAGUGGAACCACAGUGAGUGGAUACCUCCUUCCAGAACUAUCACCGGCAAACAUUGGAAAAGCCAAAGAUGUAUCUGAUUUAUCUGUGGAUUGGAAGGACUUGAAACUUGAUAAGAAUAAACAAAACCGGGUAACACUGAAAGAAGACUAUUAUGGAGAUCCUUAUGUGAAAGUGACUCUGUUUACUAAAAGGUCAAUCAAACUUUUACGGAUUUUCAACGACAGUAUACGAUUGCACAAAGAACUACAAUAUUUGGAUGUAGUGUCGGGCUUACAAGUGUCGAACUUCUCAAUUGUAUCGAAUUCGAUCAAUUAUGACCUAGUUGAUAUAUCUCAGUCGCAAAAAAUAUACUUGUUUCCAAUAUCUACUUCUUCUGCGAAGACUGAGCUUGAUCCCAUUAUCAGAUAUGUUAAAAGAAAUGAACUGCUUCUUAUAUGUGGAGGAACCAAGUGCUCGGAUCCAUCAAUGGGAAUGUUUAUCAAUUUGAACGGCGAUGUUGUUAGAGGAACGCUGGCUUUUGAUAGCUAUCCAACGUCCGUGGAAAUCGAUUAUCCCUAUGUGUUGGUAAUUUUGCAAAACAACACCCUGGUUGUUUAUUCGAUUCAUGACCAGCAAAAGCUACAAGAAAUUGAGUUUUCCGAUAGUAGUUCAACUUGCAUUAAAAUUCAUGAAUCAUCUCGGAUAUUUGAACUCAAGGAUUCAGAACUAGCCAAGAAGAUGACUCUGGCUCCUAUAAUCUCGACAAUGGAUAAUGAUGAGAUAGAAAGAAUUGCUGUUGAGUCUGAUAAUGCUGUAAAAAAAUCGGUUAGUUUAUCUUCAUGCAUAAUUUACGACACAACGGGUAAGUACGUCAAAAUAUUAAAACCCCUCUCAAAGUUUGAUCGAUGGAUGAAGAUCUACGAAUCGUGUGAUAAUAGCGAUUGCUUAGGCUUAUAUGAUAAACUGUCACAGGAAUACCAAGAAUCGGGCUCCAACAGAUUUUUGAUUACACUUUUAGGUUUGUUUGCAUUGAAAUUUCAGUUGUACGAUCAGGCAUUUGAGGUAUGGACCUCUUACUUCAAGCAUCUGGACCCCCGACUAAUGAUUUAUAUUUUCAAUAGUGGAUCAGAUGGAAUAUAUGGAUCAGUUUGGACUUAUCAGAUAUUAUUUGACAGUAUAAGGGAAUUGCAAGAAGCUAAAAGAUCGAAUGAUAUGAAAGAUUUUUUCAAGUUAUAUUUGAACACAUGUUUAGCCAUGGAGUUCAAGGAAAAUGCAAUUGAUAUAGGGAAAAGUGUUGAGGUAGCAUUAGUUAAUCUUGGAGUUUCUAACAAUGAAGACUUGGAGCCUGUCAUCCAUGAAAUAAAGUAUUCAACAAAUGAAAUAAUUGAAAUACUUUUAUUAAAUAAAAAAUAUUUUCUUUUAUCCAAAUUUUACUCCAAAUUGAAGGAUCAUAGGCAACUGUUAUACUAUUGGAAAGGUCUCAUUGACGGGGAGUUGGAGGAUGACGAAUUCAAUAAAAAUUUUAAAGAUGAAAAGAAGUCCUUGCAAUACUUGGUGAACUAUAUUUUGACUAACUGCAUUGAAGAUAGUGUGGUAAUUGAUAAAUAUUCUGAAUGGCUUUUGAAAGCCUAUCCUAAAUUUGGCUUGAAGCUAGUGACUGACAAAAGGGUAAAGCAGCUACAGCUCAAUGAUAUCAAAAUCUUGAACCUGUUGACUUGUGAGGAUGAAGAGGAUCAAAAAAAUCUAAAGUUAACAUACCUCGAGUACAUCUUUGAAAAUAAGGGCGAGAAGCAUUUUUUGGGUGAUUUAAUUCUGAUUUAUUUGGACAUGAUAAUAUCAAUUUAUGAAAGGAACUUGAAGGUAAAGAAUGUGAUUGAUAAAGCGAUUACUGAAUACUUGGAACUUGACACACCCAAAAUCUCGAUAUACAAAUAUUGGAAACUGACCAAGGACGCGGAGUUGAAAUCAGAGCCGUUUACUAUUUACCACGAUCGUCUCUAUAGUUAUUUGAACUCAGUAUCCAUAGGAACACAGUCUAUUUUAGAGCAGCAACUUGUUUUGAAUAAAUGUAAGGAUAGAAUCAUUGGAACAAAGUACAGCCAAAUAUUCCCUUUACUGGCUGUCAUGAUUUUAUACAGGUUUGAAGAAUAUGAAAAUGUAAUAGAUGAAAUGAUACGAUUGAAAGACUAUUCAACUGCUGAAAGUUUUGCUGUUUCAAUUAAACUCAGCCCUUUGGACUCAAGCGCUAAAAUUGAAUCCAUCAAAAUGCAAGGAAGUAUUGACAAGAACAAUAGUUCAAGCGUCCUCGUGAAUGACGAAACCAUGACCACUGUGAAGAACGAUCACAGUAAACUCACUGAAAAUCUCUUGAAGAAGAUAUUUGACAUAUAUCUACAAAUGAACGAUACCAAGCUGAUCGACGGCUUUUUAAAUAGAUACGACUUGCUUAGCGACACCACAGAAAAAACUACCUCUACCUUAGACAGAAUGGACAAGUUUGUUGAAGUCAUCAAUAAAGUUCCGGAAAACUUUCCGCUGGAUAAACUGACAAGAUUUGUGACCAACAACUUGAUAGAAUUUAGAGACUAUAACGAUCAUGUGCAUAUUAAAAAAACCUUGGUGAAAAUGGAGGUCAACAGGAUGACAAAGUUAAGUCGUAAUCUUGAGGGUGAAAACUCGAAUGUGUAAAACUUUUUAUAAAAUAGAAAUAAAAAUAAAAUAAGCAAUUAUUGAGCUG